AGUAUGUGUAACUGAAACGCGCAGGAAUAAAAUAUUGGAAAUCCAAAAUCAAACUCAAACGAACCAACUAUGGUUUGGUUUCACACUUUGAGAUUUCACGACUCGUUCUCUGGUCCGAUCGCUCCCUUUUUCUCUAACCCAAUAGCAAUCAACAAUAAUCAUCUCUCGUAAUUCAUUAUUUUAUAGCGAGAAGAGAAGCUGAUGAGAGAUGUUGAGAUUUUUGCAUCUGAUGAAAUGCAUUGAGGAUUCUGGAGUGAUUUCUGAGGUGUUGGUUGGUUCUUGUGAACACAAUACACAAGACAAAGGUUGUCUGAUAGAUAUAGCGUUGUGAGGGGUUUCCAAGUUGGGAAUUGCAGCAUCAUGGACCAGCUUCCUGUAGAAGUGAUUGGGAACAUUCUGUCUCACUUGAGGGCUGCACGAGAUGUGGUGAUAGCCUCUGCAACAUGCAGGAAAUGGCGACAAGCGUGCUGCAAACACCUUCAUACCCUCUCCUUCAGCUCCAAAGAUUGGCCCAUUUAUCGAGAUUUGACGACUACCCGUCUCGAGAUUUUGAUCACACAAACCAUUUUUCAGACCUCAGGGUUGCAGGCUCUCUCCAUUUUGAUGGAAGAUGUGGAUGAAUUCUCAGCUUCAACGGUUACUGCUUGGCUCUUGUACACCAGGGAAACUUUGAGGCAAUUGCAUUAUAAUGUCAAGACUAUGCCUAAUGUUAACAUUCUUGAAAUAUGUGGCAGGCACAAGCUGGAAAUACUAGAUCUUGCUCAUAACUCCAUAGUGGGGGUUGAGCCUAAUUAUCAGCGAUUCCCUUGCUUGAAGUCUCUUUCCCUGAGUUAUGUCAGUAUAUCUGCAUUGGAUCUGAAUCUUCUGGUAUAUGCAUGUCCGAAGAUUGAAGCUUUGGAGCUUGUGAAUCCUGAGAUUGCAAUGUCUGAUGCACAGGUGACUGUUGAAUUGAGUAGUUCAACGCUGAAGAAGGUGUAUGUAGAAUCAAUCAGUUUGGACAAGUUUAUAUUGGAGGCUGACGGGCUUGAGACCUUGCACUUGAAAGAUUGUGCACUUGAGUUCUUUGAACUCGUUGGCAAGGGAGCCUUGAAGCAUUUUAAGAUUGAUGAUGUUAGUGUUAUACAUCUUGAUAUUGGCGACACAGUUGAGGAUCUUGAGACAGUGGAUAUCAGCAACUUCACAAUUAUAUGGCCAAAGUUUUACCAGAUGAUUUCAAGAUCAUCAAAUCUAAAGAGGCUUCGACUUUGGGAUGUGAUGUUUGACGACGAGGAUGAGGUUGUGGAUAUGGAAACAAUUGCAACUUGCUUUCCUUAUCUGAGCCAUUUAUCUCUGAGUUAUGAUGUGAGAUAUGGAGUUCUUCACUAUGGUUUACAAGGCUCUUCCUAUCUAGAGAAUGUUCUUGUCUUGGAGCUUGGUUGGACUGUGAUCAAUGAUCUCUUCUCCCAUUGGGUUGAUGGGCUGCUUAAGCGAUGUCCCAAUCUCAAGAAAUUGGUCAUUCAUGGAGUUGUUUCUGAGGCAAAGUCUCAUGAAGAAUGCCAGAUGUUAGCCAGUUUCACCACAGCAAUGGUUGACAUGAUGAGGAGAUACAUAAAUGUAGAUCCACAUUUUAAGUAUGAAUAGGAUUUUUGUUAAAUACCUUACUAUAGCUCAUGCUUUCUAUUAAAUCUAAUUAUGUAGGCAUAUUUGCAGGUAACUCGUUCAAUUCAAAAAGUUUAUACUAAACUUAUAACUUGUUUGAAA